UUUUAUAACAUUUUAUACUAAAAAGCAUAAUUAAAGUUAAUUUCCACAUAAAUAUAGUUUUUAGAAAGUAAAUAUGGUACUUGCAGAUUUAGGCAGAAAAAUAACAAAUGCCUUAAGAAAUUUAGGAACUGCCACCAUCAUUAAUGAAGAUGUAUUAAAUAGUUUAUUAAAAGAAAUAUGUACUGCAUUACUAGAAUCGGAUGUUAAUGUUAAAUUGGUUAAAACAUUAAGAGAAAAUGUCAGAGCUGCCAUUGAUUUUGAUGAAAUGGCUGCAGGUAUCAACAAGCGACGCAUGAUACAAACUGUAGUUUUUCAAGAACUAGUCAAAUUAAUAGAUCCUGGUGUCAAAAUAUGGCAACCUAUUAAAGGUAAGAGCAACAUUAUAAUGUUUGUUGGCUUGCAAGGAAGUGGUAAAACAACAACUGUUACAAAAAUGGCUUAUUACUAUCAAAAGAAAAAUUGGAAAACAUGCUUGAUAUGUGCCGAUACUUUUCGAGCUGGUGCCUUUGAUCAACUAAAACAGAAUGCUGUCAAAGCACGAAUUCCUUUUUAUGGCAGUUAUACGGAGAUCGACCCUGUCGUCAUUGCCAAGGAGGGUGUAGAUAAAUUUGAGGCCGAAAAUUUCGAAAUAAUCAUCGUUGAUACGAGCGGAAGGCACAAACAGGAAGAUUCACUUUUCGAAGAAAUGUUGCAAUUACAAAAUACCGUCAGACCCGACAACAUAAUAUUUGUCAUGGAUGCGAGCAUAGGGCAAGCCUGCGAGAGCCAGGCUAAAGCAUUCAAAGCUAAAGUCGACGUGGCAUCGGUUAUCAUUACUAAACUGGACGGACAUGCCAAAGGCGGGGGAGCUUUAAGCGCAGUUGCCGCUACCAAGAGCCCGAUUAUAUUUAUAGGAACCGGUGAACACAUAACAGACUUUGAGCCCUUCAAAGUCAAACCUUUCAUCCGAAAACUCCUAGGUAUGGGUGACAUUGAGGGUUUGGUAGAAAAAGUGCACGAAUUAAAGUUAGACGAUAACGAUGAGCUAAUAGGCAAACUUAAACAAGGUCAAUUUACGAUUCGGGAUAUGUAUGACCAAUUUCAAAACAUCAUGAAAAUGGGUCCUUUUUCCCAAAUAAUGACAAUGAUCCCAGGUUUCACCCAAGAUUUUCUUUGUCCUCCCACUACAUCAUCCAAAGAUAUGAACGGAGAACAAGUGCAAGCUGCCAGGAUGGAAGAAGGAUCUGCCAAGCUGAAGAGAAUGAUGUGCGUGAUGGAUAGCAUGACUCAUAAGGAGUUGGACAACAAAGACGGUGCUCGGCUCUUCGCUAGGGAGGCCGGGAGAGCGUUGAGAGUUGCUAAAGGUUCUGGCGUCUCGUUAAGAGAAGUAAACGAGCUUCUGGGACAAUACACAAAAUUUGCCGCUAUGGUCAAGAAAAUGGGAGGCAUGAAAGGACUUUUUAAAGGUGGGGACAUGAAUAAAAAUAUAAAUCCCUCUCAAAUGUCACAAUUAAGUCAUCAAAUGGCAAGAAUAAUGGAUCCAAGAGUGCUUCAUCAAAUGGGUGGCAUGGGUGGUCUCCAAAACGUAAUGAGGCAGUUACAAAGUGUUAAUCCUUCAAAUUUAUUAGGCAGUGGAAAGCAAAAAUAAAUGGAGAUAUAUAAAAAAAUAUAUAUUUAUUUAUUGUAAUAUAUAUUAUUAGUACCAAAUGCGAGUAUUAUUUUUUUUAUAACGAAUAAAGAGAAAGGGAUAG